CUCUUUCUUUUCCACCACAGCAGCCACCGAGGGCGAAGCUCCCCUUAACCUACGCACCCUCCUUCCCAUUUUCCUCCGCCCUACAAUAGAGAGAGAGAGAAAUGGGAUCGUACUUCAGCCACGCCGCUCCUCCGCCCCUAGCAAGCGCCGUCCCUCCUCCGUCCGACGCGAAGGAUGGAGAGUCCAAGACGGAGGAGAAAGUCGACUAUUUGAAUCUCCCAUGCCCCAUCCCUUUUGAAGAAAUCCAAAGGGAAGCUCUCAUGUCUUUAAAGCCAGAACUUUUUGAGGGUUUGCGCUUUGAUUUUACGAAAGGACUCAAUCAGAAAUUCUCACUUAGUCACAGUGUGUUCAUGGGUUCUGCGGAAAUUCCCUCCCAAUCGUCCGAAACCAUCAAAGUGCCUACUGCACACUACGAGUUUGGGGCUAAUUUUCUUGACCCAAAGCUAAUGCUUAUAGGGAGGAUAUUGACUGAUGGGAGGCUUAAUGCAAGAGUCAAGUGUGAUUUGACUGAUAACCUUACUUUGAAGAUGAAUGCACAGAUUCAAAAUGAGCCACAUUUUUCCCAGGGCACAUUCAACUUCGACUACAAGGGUAAAGAUUUCAGAUCUCAGUUCCAGAUGGGGAACAAUGCCUUCUAUGGCAUCAAUUAUAUUCAGAGUAUCACUCCACAUUUGUCUCUUGGAAGUGAAGCAUUUUGGCUUGGUCAUCAAAGAAAAUCUGGUAUUGGUUUUGCUGCUCGAUACAACACGGAUAAGAUGGUUGCAGCAGGGCAACUUGCCAGCACUGGGAUAAUUGCUUUGAGCUAUGUGCAGAAGGUAUCUGAGAAGGUUUCUCUUGCAACUGAUUUGUUAUACAAUCAUAUGACAACAGAUAUAACCACAAGCGUUGGCUACGAUUACAUGCUGCGACAGUGUCGCUUAAGGGGGAAGCUUGAUUCCAAUGGGUGUGUUGCUGCUUUUCUAGAAGAGCGGCUAAAUAUGGGUGUGAAUUUUAUUCUUUCUGCAGAGAUUGAUCACAAAAAGAAAGACUACAAAUUCGGAUUUGGCAUGACCCUGGGAGAGUAGGGAGAUGCUUCUUGAUCCCUCGGAAAACGAUUUUAUUUGUAUUUCUAUCGACUGCUGUUUUCAACGGCUUGGCCUCAAUUUAACUUUCAUAGGUGUGGUCGAGCCUACCAUUUCGGAGCAAGCUCGUUUCGAGUUUUUCCAGGUUGCCAUUAUUCUUUGGGCAGAUAGAAGAAGGUAUAGAUGGAACUCCCAAGUUUUGUAUUUUGACUCAGAGUUACAGUUUCGGUACAUUAGGGAACACUGUCCUUUCGAGGCCGUGGCCACGGCAGAUUUUAGCCUUUGAUUUCAGUUCAGAGCUGGAGUGCUAUUCAGUUACUAAUAAGUGAAAAUUUUAGAUAGAUGGUCCUGUGGAUUUGGACGGUUA